CGGACACGAAAUUUAUUAUUGUUGAAUUUACUUCUACAAAAAAAAUGCAAAAAAGUCUAUCGAAGUAGUUCCCAAGAAUUGGAUCAAAAGUGGAUCGAAAGAAAAUGAUUAUUUGUGUAAAUAUCCGGAUCCUAAAUGCUAUAAAUUUGUUGAUGCUUGGGUUCGUGGAGAAUCUGAUCCUGUAGAAUCGUGGAAGGAAUUUUCAGUAAAUGUAGAAACACAGGCUAGUGAUUAUGCAACAGCACAUCGAAGAAUGAAAAGGAUGAUCUCAGAUGGGUACAUUCAAAACAGUACAGACGCCGAGCAAAACGAAAAAGAUUCUUCCAUAAAAGUACUGUCAAAAGAGGAAGCUGAAAGUGCAUUACAAAAAGUUUUAGAUUUUGACAUGGAGGAAGAGCAUCAAGACUCGGGAAACAACAAUCAUAUUGUGAAGUCUCCUUCUUCAACCAAAGGAAAUUCUUCGACAGACAGUAGUGCUGAGAAAAAAACAAAAAAAUCUAAAAAACGUGUACGAACGAAAAGAUUCAAAACAAUAAAGACGACUGCAGAAUAUAAUUCAUCUUCUUCGAGUGAGAAAGAAAUCGGAUCUGAUACCAGUUAUCAAAAUGCGCAAUCAGUAUCUGAAAAGGCGGAACUCCAAAAGUCGAAAGAGACUUCAAAAUAUGAUUCACUGUCUUCGAAUGAUGAAAACGCCGAGAAUGAAACCAAGCAGAAAAACAUGCAAUCUGUGUCCGAAAAAAGUAAAUAUAGAAAUUAA